CACAGUGGUAAACUGUAAAGUGUAAACAAACUACAACAAAGUUAUACGAGCUACGAGCCAAACUGAAACAUGUCUAAAAGAGCCUCACCUGAACUUAUUGAUACCAGCCAGAAAAAGAAAUCUAAAGAAACAGAUGUAAGUAGCACGUAUUUUCAUGUGUCUCUGCGAGAUAGCGGACUGAUUCUAAAACAUCCACCGGAAAAAUGCACAGCUUCCCUUGAAACAAUUCACAUCAUCCGUAAUCUAAAAAAAAAUCUUGAAAAGCAUUUUGAUUACCCAAGAAAUUUGACCGAUCUCUUUAAGAAUUUUGAAGAUGAGUGUAAAGAUUUGGAAAUAUUCAAACAUUAUUUAUUCCCUAAUAUUUUGAGGAUCUCUGGAGAUAGCGCUGAAGAAUACCCUCUGAGCGACAGUGUUAUUAAGAUACUACUUAGCGUUCCAGUUAUUCAGAACAAAAUAAGUGAUUACACAUUUGAAAAGGCUAUUGAUUUAGCUGCUGAAUCUAUGUGCGGACCUUGGAUACAGAUGAUACUUAAAUGUUUUUCCUCUUUGGACAGUAUUGUUAAUACAGAUAAGAUAUCCACAAAUCUUAUAAACCUUUUAGAUGUUGCUUCAGAGAAAAUGGUAAAACUGGAAAUAAUAAUUGCUAUACCUGAUAUUAUUGGAGAUCAAGAACACGACAAUAUUGCCACUGAACUGAGCAGAAUUCUAAGUGAAGAUCAUGAUCUGAUACCUGCCAUAUUAGAUUGUCUUUCCUACUUAUGUUUAUCUAAUGACCAGUAUGACCAAUUACAGAAAAAGUCACUUAAUCUUUUAGCAAGUCUGUCCAGAUGUAAUUAUUUUCCAAAUUUUGUAAAAUUUCUGUUAAUGCCUGGAAGAAUGAGUGAUGCUUCUUAUUUGGAAGCCGUGCAAGGUUUGAGAAACGCUCUAGGAUGGAGUGAUACCAUGAAUGUUCAGGAGAGAGCUACAAGCCAAGUGCUCACUGCUACAGCUAUAAGGAACUCUAUGGUUUCAUCAAAAGUUAUUGGCAAUGCAUGGUUAAAAGCAAUAUCUCUAUGUAAAGAAUUCACACACUUCAAGCCCAUUGAUUUUGUUAUUCUACUCAUUGCAUAUUCAAUAUCAGAAGAGAAACAAAAACAAGUAGAAAACUUAAUUAGAAAACAAAUGAAAUUGAAUAUUCUCAAGAUAGAUAUAUUGAACCAAGCAUUUAAACAAUUCAUUCCUAUGUUAAAGGAAUAUUUGAAACAGUAUAUUGAUCUUUCCAAUUCACUGUUAAAGACAAAUACCGAGCCAGCUAGCAGCCAGGAGUUAUUUGCAGCUCGUAUGUAUACUCUCUCAUUACAACAUUUGGAGGAUUGUAGUCAGACAAUUGUUGCAGGACUCCUACAGUUAGGAUUGGACUCCAAGCACUGUGUUAUGAGGAGUCUGAGUAUUUUGAAUGAUACUGUUAUGAGAGACAUUAGUCUUUUGAAACCACAAAGUGUCCAAAUGCUGACACUACUAGACAGAAUGGACAGUAUGUCUCUGGAUGAAGUUAGAGCUGUAAUGAAUUUGCUAUGCGCUUUAGCCUAUGUUAUUAGAGAGUCAGUUAUAAAGGAUGAUCUUCAUAUGAUAAUAAGAAAAGAACUGGGCUCUUCUAAUCCGAGAAUCAAAAUUCAGGGCAUUCUGGCAGGUGUCCAUGCUGUGAAGUUCCUAUUAUAUGAACAAAGAAAUAUUGUAGACCUCGAAAGGCUAUUAGAAGGCAAUGCCGUCACCUAUGCAUCUGCAAGGUACUUACCUAACAGCAAUCUUCGUGAUGCAGCACAAAUUGUAGAACUUAUAAGCCGAAGCACUAAACAAUUCCCUGAUAUUACUGCUUUUUUCUAUGAGGAAUUGUCGAAAGUUGUAUUGCUUGCACCACUCUCAAGUCACCAGCUUUUGUCGUGGCUUACUGAUGCUGUCACCAAUGAUUUACAACAAAACUUUAUUGUUGACUCAAUUCAAGUUGAUACAAUAAAUGAUUUAAAAUUAACUAUGCAGUACUGUUUGAAUGCAGAGGGCGAAGUCGAUGAGAUGAUUGCUAUUAACAUUGCUGGCUUAACUUUAGAUCCUAAGUCUGAAGUGUAUAUUGGCAUCUUGUCUCCUCUCUUUCAACUUGUCCAAACAUUGCAUUAUAGGCAACAUGACCGCAAUUUAACGAGCAUAGAUGCUCUAUUAGGAUGCCCUGUUGUUAUGCCGAAGUUUAAUAUAGACUUAAUUGAAGAUAUGGAUUCAGUAGCAAUUAGCAACAUUUUAGAUUGCUUAAUCCAUUGUAUAAAUUGGUUCAUUGAAUUAGUCAACGCUUUUGCGACCCAAAAUGAUGAUGACUUGAAUGAAAAAAUAUUAAAAAGGAUAUCGCAGAUUGAGGAGUUGGAAACAACUGUUAGAGAAAUUCUUAUAAGAAGUAAAAUUUCUUAUAAACCACCAGUUUGCACUUUUAAUGUUAGUAAAUAUACUGGUGAACAAACCGAGAUGAAAUCUAUAAAAGCACAAACUGGUAAACAGAAAGGGUCCACAAAAAAGCCUGGCCAAGAUGAUAGUGUGCUACCUCAAACUGUAAGGUCUCAAGCUACACAAAACAAUGCCUCUAUGAAAAAUUGUCUAGAACUAAGUCACAAUGUGCCAGUUAGACCGUUGCAUUUCAAUAUAAUCAAUUUACUUAAAAUUGAAAUGACUGAAGACGAAGAAUCAACAAAUGAAUUAACUGUAAAAAGUCUGAUUUUUGUGUUAAAGGGUCUAAACAGUGACAUAGAGAAGGUGUUAUUGUCCAAAAUUAAACGGAAAACCUUUCUAUCGAAGCAAAAUAGUGUUGUUUAUGACGCUAUCAAAGCUGUAGAAUACGCAGACACUAUUAACAAAUUACUACCUCAACUGGUAGAACAUUUAAAAUUUGUGACGUUAUCUAUGGAAAAAUCUAUUGGAAAUCUCGACGAAAAUGAAGUUGAAAUUUCAUACACACCUGAUUUACUUAAUCUAAUCACUUGCCUGGAGUGCAUUUUCAAUUUUUGUACUAUUUACUUUAAAUGGGUAGGCUUUAAACAACAUUUUAAUGCUCGUUUUCUGAGGACUGCUUUGGGUAUUUUAGCAAACGAAAGUGAUGAAACAGUCUCUAUAAGAGAGCUUGUAGCCACUGUUGCGCGGAAUUUGCAGAAAUACGAAAAAUAUUGUUUGCAAAUAUCUACUGCAGUAUCUCUUAUAGAAUUUUUGAAAAGUAUAUACACACAUUCAGAAAGCCGUGAUAUUCUCAAAAUUUUAAAGACACUAGCUCAAAAUUUCUUGUCUCGACAAUGGAAAACUCCUGAAGGAGCACUAGAAAAAGGAUUAUUUUAUAACCAAAGUGUAGAUCUUUUGGCUUCAAUUUACUUUAUAAGCAAUGAAGUAUUGGCCCUGAAAAAUUUGACCCUUCAAUUAACAGAAGAUAUAAAGUUGCUAAAAAAUAAUAAAAGUACUUUAAGCACUUUCAAGUGCAUUAAUAAAAGUAAUUUUCCCAUAUUGUAUAGAAACCUUGGCUCAGCACUUCACGAUGCCACUAAAGCCUGUUUAGAGAAAGGUUUGACGAACUCAGAACAUUUACAUUUGUGGAAAGACGUAGCGACUAUAAUGAAACACAUGUCUGAUAUCGCAAAGACCCUUGAAAACAGAAAUAAUUUAACUGCGUUCUUUAAGAAAUCCAUACCAGUUCUCAAGCUAUUUAUGUCACAAGGUAUUCCGAUUUUAGAAAUCCAAUUCAAAAGUGAAAAUCAAGAAGUUUUAGAAAUUCUUAAAAUUCUCCAGCAAUCAACGAGAUUUUUACAAUCAUUAUGUUGCCAUUCAAGACUGAAGAAAGAUACUGUAUUGAUGAGUAAGGUUCCACAUAUGAGACAACUCCUCGAAACUUUGAUUUAUAAAGUAAAAGCUGUGUUAGCUGCAAAUAAUUGCUCCGAGGCCUUUUGGAUGGGAAACCUCAAAAACAAAGACAUUCAUGGAGAAGUAAUUGCCUCGCAACAAAGUAUUGUAAGCGAAGAGUCUGUUGAAGAUUGCGAUGAACAGUUGCCUGAAGAUGAAGACAGUGACGACACAGACGAUGACAUGCUAAAUCCCGAUUCUAGAAGUGUAAGUGACAUUGUAUAAAUGCCUUGUUGAUCGAGGAUAUUUUUUAUCAUGGGUUGUACGUGCCCAACAAAAUAUACAACCGAGAGAUAAUGUAACCGAGGCGAAAUGGUGCCAUAAUAUUAUGUUACGUCUCUG